GCGACCGCGUGGCCACGUGUUCUGCUGCUCGUCCCGUUUCUGUUGUGUACCGCUCAUCAUCCGACCGACCGCACACGACUUCACGCGCGCAACACAGCGAAUGCGAUCAUCGCUACUACUGCGGCGGAACGCCAAUAAUCGUUAUUGUAAUACACACAAUACCGAGAUACAAGUUUAACGUUAUUUUUUUCAAAAAAAAAGCCCGACUAUCAGCUGGACGGUUUUCGAAAAGUCCUCGUUGUAAAUAUUACGCCGUCACGAGCCCAAUAAGUUAGGCAACGAUUUCUGCGUCAUGGACUUCCAGAGCGCCAUGGAGACGUUCGCCGAAGCUUGGGUGGUCGCCAGUGCCAAAGGUACAUUCACCUAUCCGCCGAUCAACGGAUUCCAGAAUCAAUCAAUGUCAUUGACACCACACUUACAAGGAUCCACUUCACCGGUCUCUAGCGCAAACGACGGACAACUAGGACCAGCGAAAUCCAUACCAGUGCAUUGCGUAGUGGAAUCGAUUAACCAUGUUUAUCAAUGGAGCCAAAAGCACUCGCCGACACUACAUCGAUCAAAAGGCCACGUAGAAUUGGACAGAUUCGUUAUCAUUCCAAAUAAUACUGCGUUUAGAGACUUGACAGAAACCGCGUUGGUACGCCUGGGCUAUUCUAAGGACACGGCAGCGGCUUCGAAAGGAUUGGUAGUGCUCAAAAACUGGUUGCCAUUAGACCUGGACACGAUCGCCGAGGAUCCGGUACUGACAGUGAACGAUGUCCUCGGAGAACUCACUACCCUAGCCACUCUGAGAAUACUCGUGUUCAGGGAAGCGAAGAACCGAUUUUCCGAUUUGAAAGAUAAACUGUUAAAACUGCUGUUGGUACAAAGCCAAACACAGUUAACAGCGUCGGGAUGUCCCCUGGACGAAGCGAUAAUAUUACAGAUGAUGAAGGUCGGGCAAGCUUGUCCGGAUUUCCCAGAAGACUUGUACAAAAAAUUCGAACAAUGGUGGAUAAUGCAAUCGUCAAAUGUCGUUCCCAAAAUACAGCCAUCGGUGUUGCCGCAAUCAGUGAGAGACAUGUUUUAUCGUAACGGAUCGUCACCGAGGCAGUCUAAUAUGCAAGACAACCCCACUAAUUGUAUUGUUCCUAAAUCAGACCCCAAGACACACAGUCUCCAGCCCGUUUCUCAAAAUCAGUUCCAAGGUCAAAAAACGCGUAUGCGUACUAGCUUCGAUACAGAACUUGAACUUCCAAAAUUGCAAGCUUGGUUUGCUGAAAAUCCUCAUCCAAGUAGACAACAAAUACACCACUACGUGAGUGAAUUGAACAAUUUGGAAUCUCGUAAAGGCCGUAAGCCGUUAGACGUCAACAACGUCGUAUAUUGGUUUAAAAAUGCCAGGGCAGCACAAAAACGGGCUGAAGUACGCGGCACAAAUUCAGGCGCCGCUGAUAUAAACUCGGGAAACAACGACGGCAACGUGAACGGUUACUGUAAGAGCAGCAGUCCCAGCGAGCACGGCGGCAAGUCGUAUAGCGGACAGGGGUCGGUGAGCGAAGCCGAAGACGACGAUGACGAAGAGUUCGACGACAACCGGGACGACGACGACGACGACGACACAAAACCGCCGAUGAGCCCGCCCGCGGAACAGCCGAUAUCGUUGACCACGCACGGGCGGUUUAGUAACGGCGAAACGCAGUCGCCAAGACCGCAAUCGCGCAACUCACAACAGAGCCCCGAACACAAGGUAAUGGUUAUCAAGGAAGAGCCGCCGGAUAAGGAUAAGACGACAGUGACCACUGGACUGAACAAUAACGAUUAUGAGGAUGAAGAGGAUUUCGACGAGGACAUGAUAGACGACGACGGGUCUGACGGUGGAGCUGAUGAUCGCGACGUGAUUGGCAGCAGCUGCAAACGGUUAUUACCUCAACAACAGUCAGCGAUGUCGUGCACCACCAGCCCAGACGACUUGGUUGCCGCCGGACACCGCCGCCAAACGACGCCACCACCCCCACCCCCGCCGUUAUUCCACCGCGCCGCCGAUAUGCAUCAGCCACUGGUCCGGCCCGGGUUCUCGAUGGUGCCAAAUUCAAUGUUCGGCCACAGCUUCAUGUACAUGAGCCAAUGCUUGCCCGGCUUCAAUAUGGGCCGCCGACCGCAAACCGGCACUCCGCCCCCGCCUCAAUCGCAACAGUCUCAGGUGUCGUCAGCAGCCACCGCGGCAGGCCUGAAUCUAUCGGCGCUGGCCGAGGAACGCCGGAAACGGAACCGGACGUUUAUCGACCCAGUGAGCGAGGUGCCACGGCUCGAGCAGUGGUUCGAGCACAACACGCACCCAUCGCACAGCCUGAUCGCCAAGUACACGGACGAGCUGAACCGGAUGCCAUACCGGCAAAAGUUCCCGCGACUCGAAUCAAAGAACGUUCAGUUUUGGUUCAAAAACCGUCGGGCCAAGUGCAAGCGGUUAAAGAUGUCCCUGUACGACGCCAUGUCGCCAAAAGAUCAAUUCUCCAUGCCCACGUAUCUCAAUCACGAUUAAUGCUGCAUCGUUCCGGCGUAGUUGUUUGAAAAAAAAUCACGAAUGAACAAUAUUAUAAUAAUUUUAUAUAUUAUAAUGUUGUAAAUUAUACAAAUUAUUAUAUACAAUAUUUAUACGAUAAAAAUAACAUGUUUUAGGUAUAACCGCGGCAGCUCGUGUGUAUACGAUACUACUAUGACAUAAUUAUGUAUUAUUCGAGUAUUAAAUCACGUGUAAAAAUGAAAAAAAAUUAAACUAAAUUAAUAUUUUCCGUGCUUAAAAAAAAAAAAAAAAAAAA